CGGGAGGGAGGAUGUGGUGAGAGAAUGGGGCUGUCUUCCCGCGGGGGCUCGCCAUGGCCAGGGAGGACUCGGUGAAGUGCCUGCGCUGCCUGCUCUACGCCCUCAACCUCCUCUUCUGGUUAAUGUCCAUCAGCGUAUUAGGUGUUUCUGCUUGGAUGAGAGACUACCUGAAUAAUGUUCUCACUUUAACCGCAGAAACAAGGGUGGAGGAGGCUGUCAUUUUGACUUACUUUCCUGUGGUCCACCCGGUCAUGAUUGCAGUCUGCUGUUUCCUCAUCAUAGUUGGAAUGCUGGGCUACUGUGGAACAGUGAAAAGAAACCUGUUGCUCCUUGUCUGGUACUUUGGAAGCUUGCUUGUAAUAUUCUGCAUUGAACUGGCCUGCGGUGUUUGGACCUACGAGCAGGAAAUAACGGUUCCAGUGCAGUGGUCUGAUAUGAUCACGCUGAAAGCCAGAAUGACCAAUUAUGGCCUACCUAGGUACCAGUGGCUGACCCAUGCUUGGAAUUUCUUCCAGAGGGAGUUUAAAUGUUGUGGGGUGGUGUACUUCACAGACUGGCUGGAAAUGACAGAGAUGGACUGGCCGCCUGACUCCUGUUGUGUCAGAGAGUUCCCAGGAUGCUCUAAGCAGGCACAUCAUGAAGAUCUCAGUGACCUUUAUCAGGAGGGAUGCGGUAAAAAAAUGUACACUUUUUUGAGGGGGACGAAGCAAUUGCAAGUGCUGAGAUUUCUAGGAAUCUCUAUUGGAGUGACACAGAUCCUGGCUAUGAUCCUCACUAUUACCUUGCUGUGGGCUCUGUACUAUGACAGAAGGGAUCCUGGAGCGGAUCAGAUCAUGGCCCUGAAGAGUGAUGCCUCGCAGCAGCUGUCGUGUCAUUCCAUAGAGCUACUGAAACCAAGCCUGACAAGGAUCUUUGAACACACAUCCAUGGCAAACAGCUUUAGUACACACUUUGAAAUGGAAGAGCUAUAGGUGAUGCAAUGAAUCUGAGAGGUCACAAAGGGUUUUAAUUGGUUUUUGUUGUUGUUUUUAUUCUGUUCCAUCAAGUAUGCCAAAUAUACCAGUCUUCGUAUGCUUCAGAAAACAGCUGAUGAAUGGAAGUGAGAGAGGCCAGCAUACAAAGAAGGAUAAGACUGUCAGCCUCUUAGCCAUGGCCUCAGCCAUGAAACAGAGUUGAUUUUGUUUGGUUGUUUUUUAAAAGGCACUCAUUCACUGGGCACAGUAAUAUUUAAUUUAUUGUCACAAGCUGUGUGAUGUGUAAAAUACUGAUUCAUUCACAGGUAGACAGUACCUCUAAGGAAGCAUCACGGGAAAGGAAGAGAAAUACUCAUCUUCUGAAGAAACGACUGUGCUUUGGACAAACAAAAUGUGACUUCAGUUGAAAUUGACUUUUACAUUUUUAAUAAGCCAUUUGGAAAAUGUCUUAAUCAGGGAUCUAUGUAUAUAUAAUUGUGUGGUUUUGUGUGUACAUGGAAAGCGGAACUGCAAUUCAAGUCAAUACUUGGAUUUAAAAAUUUGUGAGAUUUGUAAAAAGGGCAAGAUUU